UUACCACUCCGAACUUCGGGCCAUUUUGUGCACUGAAUUUGUGAACAAGCAAUGCCAACGGUUCUCCAUGGGCCGGUACCUAGUUCUCUUGUCAUUAUUCCUGACUUUGAUUGCGUUUUGUGAAAGUACAGACCAUGGAUUCAUGAUUUUCCAUGAAAUUGGUAUUCAUGGAGGAAUGUGCCUAUUCGCGCGGAAGUCAUCAGUUGCAGAUUCAAGUGAAUAUGAGCCUUUUCUGUCCACACAAUGUUCCACCAAAAACGAGGCCUGGCGCUGGGUCAGAUACAAAGACGGAAUUUUAAUGAAUUUGUACACCCAAAGAUGCCUUGGAGUAAAACAAGUUGCAGAUGCUGAAAGAAUAGUAUUACUACCAUGCGAUAGAAAUGAUAAUAUGCAAAAAUGGAUUUGCGGAGGUGGUUUUUCUCUAAAAAUGGGUGGUUUUGUCCUCAGCGAUCAACUUGUUUAUGAUAAUUGGCAAAUUAGAGGAUCUCAUCCCACUUUAAGAACCACCAGUCAUGAAGGAGAUACAAAAUGGAUUGUUUAUACACAAAAUGAUGUCAAUGACCUGAUUUCACUCUGUGACAUAGCAGCAAAAGAUUUUUCUGCGGAUGAUAAAAAAUUUCUAACAGUCUCAGGUGGUCCAAAAGUUGGUGUUUCUUGCGUUUUUCCUUUCAUAUUCAAAAACAAAGAAGUGUGGAGUUGUAUAGAUGAUCCAGUAUUGUCUGCAUUUGGCAUUACAAAUUCUGUUUUCUGUUCAACGACAUCAAAUCUUGAUCGAAAUCAAGAUGAUUGGGGAAUAUGUCCAAAAUCAAAACAAGGCAGUGUGUCAGAUUGGAUACCACCACCUCUAUGUGAUGUCCCAUGUGGGGAAGGCAACCUCAUUUAUACAAGAAGUUGUUUAUAUGAGCCUUGUGAAGAUAUGGAUUUGGAAAAAGUAUCAGAUGAACCAUGCAAUACUAUGCUCUGUUCUGGUGAUAGAGUUCUCACUUAUGAUAUAGAUUCGAAUAUGUUUCCUGUUGAUGAUGUUUACCCAGUUGAAGGAAUCGAGGGAUAUUUCAGCAAAUGCAUAUUCCCUUUCAUUAACGAAAAGGAAGCUACAGAAGAAUGUGUACAGAGCAAGGAAGAAGCUUAUAAAUGGUGUUCACUAACAGAGGAUUUCGACAAACAUUCAAAGUGGGGAAUAUGUUCAGAAUCAUUUCAAGGUGCAUGGUCCACCUGGUCAACUGCAGAUGACACUCAAUCAUGCUCAAAAAGUUGUGGAUCCGGUGUUCUUGUUAUGACUAGAAAAUGUAGAUAUUCUCCUUGUGAAGGAUUUGAUACGAAAGAAGGUGGAAUAUGCAACACACAACCAUGCCCUGAUUGCUAUGAUUAUAAGAAAGGUGCAUACCAAGGACAUAAAGAUACAGCAAAUGAUGGAAGUGUUUGUAAACAAUGGUCAGUUGCUUCAAAUAUACCUGAGGAAGAUCCGUUAAGAAAUCCAAAUUUAGUUGAAAAUUACUGCAGAAAACCAUUGAAAAGUCGAGUACAACCAUACUGCUAUAUAUUAGAUGGUGACAAAUUUCAAGGCACUUCAUCAAAAGCUUGGAUGUAUUGUGACAUUCCACAAUGUGGAGUCGACUUCUCAUUACCUGGAAUUUCAUACACUGUUCCUGCUCAUCCUUAUGAUGAUCCAAAAAAAUAUGACAUUGGAGCUGCUUGUCAUUUUCCCUUUCCCUUUGGGAAUAAUCAAAUUUUUGACAGAUGCGUUCCAUCAACACCAACAGGAAGAGAGUGGUGCAGAACCACCAAUUCAUCUGGGGAUGAUUAUGCUUAUUGUCCUAGAUAUUUGAAAGGAAAAUGGAGUGAAUGGCGAACAAAUAGUGAAUGCACAAAGAAAUGUGGUGGUGGAAAUGUUAUCAGUUAUAGAAUAUGCUUGAAUCCACCAUGUGAAGGACAUUCAAUCAGACAAGAAUCUGAUCUAUGUAACACAUUACCAUGUACCUGGUCUUUCCCUGGUUUUGAUGAUUGCUUCAUUGGUGUUGGUUUAAUGUAUUCAGGAAAACAAAGCAAAACAAUCACAGGCGAGAAAUGCCAACACUGGUCAUCACAGAGUCCUGUUAAACACAAGAUGUUACCAAAUUUAAUACCAAUGGGAACACCAGCUUUGGAGAAGAAUUAUUGCAGAAAUCCUACACCUGAUUUACGUGCUGCACCAUGGUGUUACACAGGAUCAAAAUUAGGAUCAAUUUCUCUUAAAUGGGAAUAUUGUGACGCUGUGAAAUGUCCGCUAAACAUCAAUGAAAUAUUUGGGAUGCCAGUAAUUCUACCAACUGAAAGACAUUCACAAAAAUUUCCAGGUCCAAAGUCAUGCAUUUUCCCUUUUCCAGCUCCUAAAAGAAGAGCAGAAUUUGAAUCUUGCCGAAGGGAAAAAGUGAAUGGAAUAGGAGAAUCCAUCACCUAUUGUGCCAUAGAAAAUACAGGAUCUGUUCCUAACUCUGUUUUAGAAGGAUUGAAGUCCAGAUAUUAUGGAAUUUGCCCCAAACAAACAGAAGGAACAUCUGGACAAUGGAUCAAAUCGAAGUGUUCGAAAACAUGUGGGGGAGGUUUUUGGAUUAUGACAAAACAAUGCUUGCAUCCUCCAUGUAAAGUAUUGUCCAAAGUUUCUGAAUCAUCACCUUGCAAUACACAUGAAUGUAUGGACUGUUUUGUAGCAGAUGGGUCGGAAUAUCACGGUACAUACCAGACAACAUAUACUGGAAAGCAGUGUUCAAAAUGGGAAGACACUCCAGCUGCGAAUACAAAUAGAAAUCUGAAAGAAAACUUUUGCAGAAAUCCAGAUUUUAAAGCAAUUCCAUGGUGUUAUUCCGGCAGACCAUCACUGGAAGUAUUUUGUGACCCAAAGCACUGUAUUACCGGAACAAUUCCUUAUACAAUUCCACAAGAUGGCUUUGCACAGAAUGGUGAAAAAUGUUAUAUGCCAUAUGAAAAUGGUACUGACGUAUAUUGGAACUGUCAAAAAAUGAAUGGAAAAUAUUAUUGUCCGAUCAUUCAAGAUGUACAAAACCUAAGACAAGAUCAACUAGCCUUAUGUCCUCCUUCAUACAAAGGUAGCUGGUCUCAUUGGAGAAAUACCAAAAUGUGUAACGAAACAUGUGGUGGAGGGGGAAUUAUAUAUUUAAGGGAUUGUUUGUAUCCACCUUGUGAAGGAAAGAGAGUAAAGUAUGAGGAAGAAUGCAACACUCAUUCAUGCAAAUGGAAGAAGACGUUGAGACAGGAUAUUGAGUGCUUCAUGAAUAGAGGACAUUUGUACAAUGGCAGAGCUUACAAAACUAUUUCUGGUAAAACCUGUAUGAACUGGAUCAAACAAUCACCGCACAGACAUGAAUACACUCACGAUUAUAGAAGCUUAACACUUGAUCAUAAUUACUGUAGGAAUCCUUCUUCCGAUUUACGAUAUGGACCAUGGUGUUUUACGACAGAUAAAUCAGUGAGAUGGGAAUAUUGUGACGUUCCUCAUUGCCCAUCAUUUGAAGGAGAAAUAGUAGCAUUCCCGCCAUCCAAGGAAAAAAAUAAGUGCAUAUUCCCUUUUUUAUUUGAUGGCCGCAAUAUCGAGGAAUGUACAGCUUAUAUAGAAAAGAAAAACAAAAAGAAAACGUUUAUUUGCGGAACAACUUCUUCUGAUAUUAAUUUGUCUUUCGAUGAUGGAUCAUCUUACGGUUAUUGCACAGCUUCAUUACGAGGAACAUGGUCAGCGUGGGCUGUAGAUGGUCCUGAUUCAUGCUCUGUCAAAUGUGGUGGUGGGAAGUUCAGAUACGGGAGAAAAUGUCGUUUUCAUCCUUGUUCUGGACCUGACACGAAAGUAAUGGGAUCGUGCAACACUCAGCCAUGUAAGAAAUGUUAUAAUUUGGAGACUGGAGGAUAUGAUUAUGAGGGAGAUAUAGCAGUUACUUGGAAUGAUGGAGAGUGUGCUGCUCGCAAGGUUGGAACAAAAUACACAAAUCAAUGCAGAAACACAGAUCCAAAUAACUUUGAUUAUCCUUGGUGUAUUGAAAAAAGUACGAGAAAAAAAGUUGCAUGCGGAAUCAAGCAUUGUUAUAAGGCAGGAUCUGAUAAAGAAGUCAAAGCAGCUAAUGUUGAACGUGCUUUGCUAUCGUUCUGCAAGUUCCCUUUCGAGUAUCAAGAUGGACUUCACCACUCUUGUAUAAAACUCAGCGGCAAAAAAGGUUUAUGGUGUAUUCUUAGUCACGAGUCUAGUGAAACUAUCAUGGGACAAUGCUUCAGUGCUUAUGAAGAUACAUGGUCGUCAUGGUCUGAAAAUCCGAAAUGCUCAAAACCGUGUGCGGGAGGAGAAAACGUUUAUACAAGAUAUUGCAGAUAUCCACCAUGCAAUGGUGCUCCAUAUAAAAUGUCAGGUAGAUGUAAUGCUCAUGCUUGUGACCCAGCAAAGGAUUGUUAUGAUAUGUCAGAUGGUGGACGUUCAUAUAAUGGGAAUCAUCGCACCACUGUGAAGGGACUUCCUUGUAAGAAUUGGCCUGAUAACGACAGAAAAAGGCAACUGAAUCUUACUUUAGACUAUUCACAACCAUGGUGUCGUAAUCCUGGUGGAAAGGCUCCUAGACCAUUCUGCAUCAAUCACAACCAUAGAUACGAACUUUGUAAUGUUCCUGUGUGUCCGGAUCGAUCUUCGAGUCGAUCUGUUAGUUCUGUGUUGGUGAGAUUACAAAGUAGAUACAUGGAAUUUGGAUAUGCCAUCAUGCCAUGUAUAUUUCCAUUUAUUUAUAAACAAAAACAGUACCAGAGCUGUACAUCUGAACCUCCACCUAAGAAACCAAGUAAUCCUGGAUCUUCCGGUAAGUGGUGUGCCACUGUUGGUAAUAUUAAUCUCGGUGAAAGUCCUGCUGUUGAAGAUGAAUUUGGCUACUGCGAUGAUUCUUAUAUUGGUACUUGGGUGGCCUGGGCGGGAGCGGACAAAUCAUGCACUGCAGAUUGUUAUGUACUCCUACGGAGAUUUUGCAUCUUGGAACCAUGUAAAGGUGAAUAUUUUCGAAUGUCCAGUGAAAGAUGUGAUGAUGCUCCCUGCAAAACAACAAAGUGGGCAACAUGGACGGCAUGGUCAAAGUGCGAAAGGUGCUCUUCUAUGACUAUACAGACGAGGACUCGAAGUGAUGGUCUCGUUGAAUCAAAGACAAAAGUAUGUGAGACAGAAAGGGAGUCUGACAUGAUACAACUUGAAGGUGCUUGUAAGAUAGCAGCGUCAAAGCACAACAUUGAUGAGGAAAUGGUAUUAGAAUUAUUAGCCAUAUACAUGUCCAGAUUGAAUUCAGCUCAAAGUUUACAAUGGUCAUCAAGAGUUAUUUACAUUAUGUUAUGUGUACUAACUGCAGCAUUAUACUACUGAUGAAGCCAAAUAGCCAAACCUGCUGUAAGUGUUAGCAACUUCAUAGCAAGUUAUGCCACCCACCAUUGUCACUAAAUACUUCAAUCUUUUUUAUUAUUGCGCAACAUAAGAAAAAAGAAGGCAGCCCAGAAACCCCGACAAAACCUAAGAUUCAAAAUCACGUGAUACAAAACAUACCCAGUUUUAACAAAAAAUCAGAGUUUUAGUCAUUAAUCAUGUGGUAUAGUCCGGCAGAAUCGGGCCUUAACAUUGUUUCGGGACAUAAAGUUUUUUUGAUUGUUUAGAUAU